AUGGAUACCUUCUUGUUGUCGGCUCACGACGGUCACCGGCACUCCGUCGGCGCUGUACCGCCUCCGGACAUGCGGAUUGGUCACGAUGCCCAGACCGUAGACGCGUUGACCCGUAAACUGGUUGUCCCUGGUCUGGCAGGUCGUCGUUGGGGGCAAGGCAUCAGGAGCCGAGGAGGUGGUGGUCUGCGACAGUCUGGCCCUCUCCAGACGAGGCACGAAGCCUCCAAUUCUAAAAUUAGGUGGCAACAAAGGCAAUGA